CUGCAGAACCUUUCAUCAUGGACUUCUACUACCAUCCUUGCUCGGCUCCUUGCCGCUCCGUUAUGAUGACAGCCAAGGCCCUGGGUGUUGAGCUGAAUAUGAAGCUAGUGAAAGUCAUGGACGGGGAGCAACUGAAGCCGGAGUUUGUGAAACUCAAUCCGCAGCACACCAUCCCAACCCUGGUGGACAAUGGAUUCUCCAUCUGGGAGUCCCGCGCUAUAUUGAUUUACCUGGUGGAGAAGUACGGCCAGGAUGACUCUCUAUAUCCGAGCGAUCCCGAGAAGAAGGCAGUGGUUAAUCAGCGGCUCUACUUCGAUAUGGGCACCCUGUUCCACAGUUUCAUACAGGCCAUCUACCCGCAGUUCAGGAACAAAAAGCCAGCCGAUCCGGAGGCCAUGCAGAAGGUGGACAGCGCCUUCGGGCACCUGGACACCUUCCUGGAGGGCCAGGACUAUGUGGCUGGCGACUGCCUCACCGUGGCUGACAUUGCGCUGUUGGCCUCAGUCUCGACCUUCGAGGUGGUCGACUUCGAUAUUGGCCAAUACCCGAACGUGGCCAGAUGGUACGAGAAUGCCAAGGAGGUCACUCCCGGAUGGGAAGAGAACUGGGAGGGUGUCCAGUUGAUCAAAAAGUUCGUCCAGGAAAACAGCCAGAAAGAUUGAUUUCAUUAAUAUAUAUAUGUAUAUCUACACCAAAUUAUACCUCAGCACAUUGUUGCCAUAUAUCGUUAUGCUGUAUUAACACGAAUAAAUUCAAUGAUUGUUUAUUUGCUUGAUUUGUGAACUAACUGUGAGAAUAA